AUACAUUUUUUUUGUUUUUCUCUCUCUGCAAUUUUCUAGCUAAUGCAAUCUCGCGCAUGGUCGCGGCUGAGAAGUUACUACAUAAGAGCAUCGGUACUACCCAUAUCAGACCAUGUUAGAUCCGAGCGACUAUUUAAUCUCGUACGUUCGAUUUCGUCUUCCAGCCAUUCCCGAAUCCCAAGACCCGAAUGGCUGAUUAAGAAACUGUGCAAAGAAGGUCGAAUCGCAGAGGCACGAAAGGUGUUCGACAGAUUACCUCAGAGAGAUGAGUACACAUGGACUGAUGUGAUCACUGGUUAUAUUAAGCUUGGGAAUAUGAGAGAAGCUAGAGAACUGUUCGAUAGAGCGGAUGCUAGGAAAAAUGUGGUGACUUGGACAGCCAUGGUUAGUGGGUACUUGAGAGCUAAGCAGUUUUCUGCGGCUGAGAUGCUUUUCCAAGAAAUGCCAGAGAGAAAUGAAGUUUCUUGGAAUACUAUGAUUGAUGGGUAUGCUCAGAGCGGGAGAAUCGAUAAGGCCCUGGAGCUGUUUGAUGAAAUGCCUGAGAGAAACACUGUUUCUUGGAACACACUGAUUAAAGCGUUGGCACAGCUUGGGAGGAUACAAGAGGCAAUGAAUCUAUUCGAAAGAAUGCCUACAAGGGAUGUCAUUUCAUGGACUGCUAUGGUCGAUGGAUUGGGAAAGAACGGUAAGGUAGAUGAAGCGAGACGAGUUUUCGAUUGUAUGCCUGAAAGAAACACCAUUUCUUGGAAUGCAAUGAUCACAGGUUAUGCACAUAACAAUAGGAUAGAAGAAGCUGACCAACUCUUUCAAGUGAUGCCCGAAAGAAACUUUGCUUCAUGGAAUACGAUGAUCACAGGGUUUAUACGGAACGGGGAAAUAAACAGGGCAUGUGGUUUAUUCGAUCGGAUGCCUCAAAAGAAUGUUAUAUCCUGGACCACGAUGAUUACAGGGUACGUGCAAAACAAAGAAAACGAAGAUGCGCUGAAAGUUUUCUCAAAUAUGUUAAGGGAUGGCUGUGUUAAGCCAAAUGAAGGAACUUAUGUGAGUAUUUUAAGCGCAUGUAGUGACAUGGCUGGGCUUGUGGAAGGGCAGCAGAUUCACCAGCUGAUAUCUAAGUCAGUCCACCAAAGGAACGAACUUGUGACUUCAGCGAUUAUUAACAUGUACUCAAAGUGCGGUGAAUUGAUUGCCGCCAGGAAGAUUUUCGAUGCCGGGCUAGUAAGCCAAAGGGAUUUAAUAUCAUGGAACAGUAUGAUUGCGGUUUAUGCACACCACGGACGUGGAAAAGAAGCAAUUGAAAUGUAUGAUCAGAUGAGGAAACACGGUUUUAAACCAGGUGAGGUGACCUAUCUGAACUUGCUAUCUGCUUGCAGCCACGCCGGGUUGGUAGAGAAAGGAAUGGAGUUCUUUGAGGAGCUCGUGAGAGAUACGUCACUUUCUCUGCGAGAAGAUCACUAUACGUGUCUUGUGGAUCUCUGUGGUCGAGCUGGUAGAUUGAAAGAUGUUUUGAAGUUCAUCAACGGUGUCGAUGCUAAGCCUUCGAAAUCUGUCUAUGGAGCGCUCUUAUCCGCUUGUAAAGUACACGGGGAAGUGAGUAUAGCUAAGGAGGUAGUGAAGAAGGUUUUAGAAACAGGUUCGGAUGAUGCUGGAACUUAUGUAAUGAUGUCUAAUAUAUACGCGGCGAGUGGUAAAACGGUGGAAGCUGCAUUAAUGAGAAUGAAGAUGAAAGAGAGAGGGCUAAAGAAACCGCCGGGUUGCAGUUGGAUUGAGAUCGGGAAGCAGAAGCAUAAUUUUGUAGUUGGAGAUUUGUCUCAUCCUCGGUUUGAAGCUCUUGAUUGGGUAGUAUCUGUUCUUAACAACAAAAUGAGGAAGAACAAGAACAUGACUUCAGAAGCGGAAGAAUAUGAGCUCUUGUGUAUUUGAAUUCCUUUCUGCAUACGGGAGAGUACUUUAUCAUUUUUUCCGUCUGAUUUGAUAGUUUAACAUACUGAAUAUUCUCCCAUUCAUUGUUCUUGG